AUGGCAGAGGUAAAUACAUUAAAGUCAUACAAGUACACAUUUACGUCAAAAUUUAAAAAUAAAAAUGUCCACAUAAAGAUAUCAUUAAAAGUAAGGUGCACAUAUGGUAUACUACCAAAAGCCAACUAUACAGUUUAUAUUUUUCUUAUGUUUACGUUUUCUCAAGAUCCAAUUCGCAAAGCAGAAUAGCGUCUUAUCAAGUCAGAUUGACUUGGCAAACCUCACCAGGCUACAGCCAUUCUGUAUACAGUAUAUACAUGUUCUGCGGCCAAAGGGAGCUCAAAUCCAACAGGCCAAAAACACAAAUCCCAUUGAUUGUCGUGGAAGAGAAGUUGGAUGUGAGAUACCCCCACAAUCAUGCCUUCAAUUGUGGAAAAAAGAAAUCACAGAAUUAAAAAAAAAUUACCCAGAUAGCACAACCUACAUACAGUGUCAUAUGAGCACUGAAACGAAGUAUGAUGUCCAGAAGAUGAAAAGGAUCUAUGAAACUAUAUUGCUAUACUAAAGCAGUUAAUAUAGUGGGAAAAAUGUGGUAAAUAAUGGGCAUCCCAUAUGGGUUUUAAACAAAGAGAUUGCCAUCAAUCAAUAUAGGAACUUGGUCAAUAACAUAAAACAACAUGGUUUGGCUAAGUCACAUGACUGAAGGAAAUGGUGUUGAUAUAUUGCCAGGGCAGAAAUACCAAACUGAUGUUGUACUUCCACUGACCAACCAAGGACUCAAUACAAUGUGUCAUUUUCUGAAAGGGACUCCACAUGAAGUUUGCAGAGAGAGUGAGCUGACCCUUUUCUGGAACAUGUUGGCUUCAAAAUUAGUAGUGAAAUGGAAACUGUCACAAUUGCACCAAACAGCAGCAACCAAAAUUUUCUGUCAACAUUCUAUUUAAUGUCAAUGGCUCACAUCAUGGCCAAUUAUCAAGAGGUAUGUAAGAGAACAGUAAGACAAACACUAGCCUGAAAUUGAAUCACAUAUCAGAUCAGUGUCAAAAUACAUCCACAAAUAGAGAUCAGUGUCAAAUAUAUCCAAAUAUACGAUCUAGUCUGGUCGAACAAUUACCUUUAUAGACUUUAUAUUUUUUAAAUAUGUCAACUAUAUCACAACCAAAUAUAACCACGAGGCAGUCAGAAGCUGUAAGUUGCAGACACAACCAUGAAACCGAACAAUCCAAAUCAAAAUAUAUUUAACAUGGUUUCUAAACAAUAAUUUACAAACAUAGAUAUUUAACUAUACAAAUACGAUUACAAACAAUGAAACAACACAAGACAAAUACCUGACUGUUAGUCCUUCUGGCUACCACACACUACAAUGUUAAACUAACUUUAAAACAACAGGUGAGAUCUCGUAUCGAAUAAACCCAAAAACAAACGUGUGUGUUCACAUUUUUUCCCAAUCGCGGGUUUUUGUCCAGCCCUAAAGGCGGGUCUAGAUCCUACAAUAAUGUUUGGUUAUAUACACCACAAAGAAAAAGAGGUUUGUCCCCCAAGCUACAGCGGUACUGGAAAGGACCUUAUUCAGUGGUGAAACGAAUAAACAACCUUGUGUACAAGAUACGGACGGGACCACACUCUAAACCAAUUAUCAUUCAUCGAAAUUGGUUAUGGGAAUAUAGCGGUAAUAAACCUCAAACGUGGUUAGGUAGAUGUAGAAAGAUGAAGCUGAUUCUGAAGUUGAACAUUUACCUUGUAGGAGUGACAGACAAAGGCAAGCACCAGACAGGUUAAAUUUAUAAGGUGGCUGCCUUUGGGACAAAGUCAUGUAAGGCGGGAGUAAUGUGAUAAUAGAGUGCUUUAAUGCAUUCAUGCAUUGCCAUUGGUGUGUCUAAUUUGAAUAUGUAAAUUAAAACUACUGUAUAUAUAGAGCUUGAUAUUUUUAAUAAAUUGUUGUUAUUAUUGACGUUGAAAGCAAAGUGUUUCUCAGUUUCUGAUAAGACAAAUACACAGCUAUAACAGUACUAUGAGUCGCCAUGGUAAAUUUUUCAUCACACUAGGUGCCCAGAGAUUCCUCACCGAUGUAGUAGGCUUGAUAUUACAGUCACCAACUCUAAUGUAAUCAAUCUUAACUGUACUUAAUUGUUGUCCAGUCCAGAUUAUAAUUCAAUUUAUUCAAGCAGGUACAAGGCUUUAGUAUUCUAAAGAUGCUAAAAAACAACUGUUGAAGUGUAAAUUUACACUAAUUCAGUGUACAAAUGGUGAAUCAUUUGCACCAUAUUUGUGUUAAGAAAUACUUGUUGGUGUAAUUCUACACUUUGAAAAGUCAAUUUACACCUGUUUGGUGUACGAAUGGAGGCAAGCAAUUUACACCAUCAUUUUCUCUGUAGGUCAAGUGUUUCUGUUGAUGUUGCAAUUUCCAAUGCAAAGGUUGCAGCCAACUUGCGAGGUGGCAGGUACAAAAUGCAGACUGGAAAAUGCGGACUGCCUCUAAAGAGGAUUGAAGAAACAUGUUAUUGCCAAAAAGCGACUAGUUUAUACAUAUCUAUAAAAAUUGGUUCAAAACGGGUGCACGAGCAAUUCAUAAUAGGAUUGCAAUCCUUAUGACUUUAAUUUGCAUGUAACAAAAAACUCAACCUUCGAACGCAACUUUUCUUUCUACCAUUCUAUGAAACUUCUAAUUAAUAUUACCAUUUGAGUCCAACUGAUUUUAUCAUGUAUGCUUACACGUUCAUGCACCAAAAACAUGCCAGGUCAAUCGAAUCAGGUCAAUCGAAUGCAACAUUGUUUGCAAAAAACCGCCACAUUCAUGGAAACGUAGGGAAGUAACAUACCUGUGUUUUCGGAUGUAUCACUUGUAAAAUUUAUAUUAUUUUGCAAGAUAUAAUGAAAGAUAUGGGUAAGGACAAAAAUUUUAAAAUCUAAAUUUUCAAACCUAGCUUGACUGGUAUUAAUGGUGAACCCUUCAUCAGCAAAAUUUAGGGGCCAUUCACAAAGGAUGUCCAAGCCGGGCGGGGGGAACCCCCCGGAACCACCUAGAAUGUCACCUGCCUUUGGUGGGUGCUAAUUGUGCCCCCACUUUUAGAGCUGCUCUGAUGCCCCCUGGUCACUUAAGUGCUUUAUAUUUUAUCGAAGUUUAAAUAAAGAGGAAAUUUAAAACUUUUAAAAUUUCGACUAGAAUUAGAACUCUAAAAUUAAUAAUUGUUACUAUGUUUCAACCCUCAACCUCUAAUUUCGACCCUCGACAAUUACCCAAACUCGUUUAUUUUCAGUCUGCAUUUUCUGGUCUGCAUUUUGUACCUGCCAACUUGCGAGGAUGAACGGGAAGAUUUCUUCCUUGCAUUUGAUAGUAUGUACAACUUUAAUCGUCUAAGAGCUGCUAGAAAACUGCUACCAUUGCCACAACCAUACAAUAAUAUUUGGUUAAAGAUCAACAAAGUUAUCAAUGAACUUCAUAUUAUAUUGAUCAACUUCAUAUGCAAGACCAAAUACUCAUCCGACCUGUUAAAGGAGAAAAUACCUGGUUUGAAUACACCAGUAGCAGAGCAAACAUUUGUCUGGGCUGCUAAAGUGAAUUAUUAUGUGCGCUAUGCCAAAGUCAGGUGAAAUGCAUAUACCAGUAGCUGUUACAAAGCAAACGGCAAUCCAAAUCUUUCUAAAAUUCAUGGUGAGGUCGAGCAACAGUAGUCCUGAGGUGAUUUAACCACAGGGUGCCAGACUGUGACCUAUUUAUAUAUCAAUAUCUCUGUAUCUAUAUAUUGGAUAUUAAUCCUCUGUAUAUUUACUAAUCCAUACAUAAUCUAUAUACAGUUACAUUAUAGCGGUCAGCAGUGGCAUAGCUGGCUCAAAAUAAUCGUCCCGCCGAAGUUUCAAUACACCUCUAUUUAAACAGCAAUAUUUUGCCUUGGUAAAAUACAAAAAAAUUGUAUAGCUCGAUAUGCACGUGCAAAUCACGCUACACGAGUAAUUUGACCUUUAUAAUCGAUUUCCAACGUUUCCCGAGUGCUAGGAUGUAAACAUCGCAUUGUUUUGGCUAUUUGAACUUGAACCUCUGGUCAAAGCUCUCGCGUAAAAUUUAGAUAUUUUGAAAUACCGAAAUAAAAGAUGCAAAUCUGCAGAUACAAGCUUGAACACAACACUCUAAAUAGUGUGUUAGAUUGUGAUUCAAACAAGACUAAUACAAAAAAGAAACGUUGAAAGUGGCCGAAGUUAUAUAAUUUCGGCGAAGGGUAAGGCUUAAUAAUAGUGAUACAUUGUUUACAUUGUUCGAGUAUAUUGUUUAUAGGUAUACGUUAGUUUACACAAUCGGAGUAUGGCUAGUUUAUAAUUUAUGGCUAUAUUACAUUGUUCAACUACAUAGUAUCUUUCAAGCGAAACUUUUUGGUGGUAUUUUCGUACUUCUACUGCAAAUACUCGCGGAGUUCUUUAAUAUAUGGAAUUGACUUGACAACCUCCGCCUUUAUAAAAUAGCGGGACUCGGCAUUAAAAACAGCCCUUCUGAGCAUGCGCUGCACCAAUUAUCCAAUCAGAAACCAGAAUUUCUUGUAUAGGAUAGUAUUGCAUGUUCCGCCAUAUGAAAAUCAGCGGAACACGAGACAUGCGAUUAUACAAAUUGCGUGAGUAAGCAAUCAAUUGCGUGGAAAUUAGCUAAUUUUGGGUUUCAGAGGUCAAAGAGCAGACAGCAACAUUGCAUAAACUUUAAAUAAAUAAAUGAAAGCACUGAAAUAUUUAUAAAUUUUCAGAAUAAGAAAAGCUGUGAAUUCGACUUCACUAUAAAACAUUUCCUCACUUUUUUUUUAAAUUUCUAGUCCCGCCCGGCGGGACAGUGGGACCGCUAGCUACGCCACUAGCGGUCAGUGCAGAUAAGUAAUCUGUCCAUCUGUAAUGGUUUCACAGUGAAGACGAGAAGAAACACAACAAACCAAGCUGGAGAAACAAUUGGAACAACAACUAUUGAUUGGGAAUCAUGUGAAACAAAGGAAAUGAGACACAGAGCAAUUUCUCGUGCUUUGAUUUUGAAUAGCCACAAAAUUAUGUGCAAAUCAUGUGCAUCAAUAAAUUCUUUUUACAGAACAUUAAAACACGAUGACAAAGAAAACAUAUCCACGCUGUCGAAGAAGAGGGAAUCAUACAUGACACCAGAUGAAAUUAAAGCCAAGAAAAGAAAUGAAGAAGGAUAG